AUGACGGGCAUGCCGUCCUCUAUGUCUCUGCCGCCUGUGCCGGAGGUGGUGCUCCAGGAGCUCCAGACGCCGGAGUUCAGAAUGCCGUCUCUGGUACUGCCGCAGCACUACGCGCUCGAGUUUCAGCCGGACGCGCAGCAGCACAGUUUUGUGGGCUCGGUGUACAUAACGAUGCGCGUACUAGAGACGCCUUCCGUACCUCUUCGCCAUCUUGUCCUUCACGCGCUCGACCUUCGGCUUGAGGCAUCAUCGAUACGCGUCUUUGUUCCCGCCGACCCCUCUAACGCCUUCGAAACCGCCGCCACACAGGCUCACCCGAGUCAUCACCUGGGCAACGAGGCCUCGCGGCAACGACCGUUCAGCAUAGCGAAAGGAAGCUAUGUUGCGUGCCAAGGCCUGGACAGGAUCGACAUCAGUGAGACAGCUCUGCUUGCCUUCGCCGCACCGUUGCCGAGCAAGGUCGGCGACACAUUCGUGCUCAUCAUUGACCGUUUCGACGGCGUCAUUGCGACACCGCCGGCCAUGGAAGGGCUCUUUCAUUCCAACUUCAAGGAUGCCGCCGUGCUGAGCACGCAUCUCGAGCCGACCGGAGCGCGCCGGCUCUACCCCUGCUUUGAUGAGCCAGCGAUUCAAGCCACCUUUCAGCUGUCUGUCAUCGCCACCGCCGCGCAGACGGUGUUGUCGAACACGGAGGUGGAGGCGGACAUAACCGUGGCGGCACUCCCGUACGCCGCGCAGAAGCGACAGGGCACGGUUGAGGACACCAGCAACCGCCGCGGAGAGGCGCCGGAGUCGCCGACGGCCGCCGCCGCACCGUUGCCGCGGCCAGCGCCACCGUGGCAUUGUGUGCGCUUUGCGACAACGCCGCGACUGCACACAUGCAUUGUGGGGUUUCACGUCGGCCGCUUCGCCUUUCUGGAGCAGCGCUCGCGACGCUCCGGUGUGCUGUGUCGUGUGGUGCUCCCGCACACCGAGGCGCGCAGUGGCGGCUGCUUUGCGCUCGACUUAGUCACCAAAGCCGUCGAUUUUUUCGCGGAUUUCUUCCGUGUGCAGCUGCCGCUACAGAAGCUCGAUGUGGUCGGCCUGGAGACGUUUUGCGUGCUUGGCAUGGAGAACUGGGGCAUGGUCAACCUGCUGAAGGACUACCUUGUCGUGACGGAGACGACUCCGCUGGAGCGCCGGCAACGCGUGACGCGGCUCAUCGGCCACGAGAUCUGCCAUCAGUGGUUUGGCGACUGGGUCUCCAUUGAGUGGUGGAACGGUCUGUGGCUGAAAGAAGGCAUGUGCCGCUACCUGGAGUACUUCUUCGUCAACGCCGUCUUCCCUGGCUGGGGACUGUGGAACGAGUUUGUGUGCAACACAAUGAAUGGCGCGCUGCUGGCCGACGCGGACCCGCGCGAGACGCACCCGGUCGACAGCUGCAACCCGGCUCCACGGCGUAUCUACGACUCAUUCGACGCGAUUAGCUACGGCAAAGGGGCGUGCGUGCUGCGGAUGCUCUUUAGCAUCAUCGGCGUGAAGUGGCUGCAGCGUGCGACGCAUCUGCUGAUGGUGCGGUUCGCCGGCCGUGCGAUCAACGCCAAAGACCUCGUUGACUGUAUCCUUGACACGACCAAGGAGCGCUGCAGCGGCGAGGCACAGCUGCAGCACGUCAAAGCGCUUCACGCGUGUCUGCGCAUGGUAGAGACGGUGGGCCACCCCUACCUCUACAUCUACCAGAGGCCGGGCGAGUCUUAUACGAUCACGCAGUACGUGCCUCCGAGCAAAAAGCACGGCCUCCUCGUCGAGUACCUCCAACAGCAGCGCCGCAAGCCCAAUGCACCGGUGAUCGACCUCUUCUCCGCCCCGGUCGGUGCAUCGUUUGAGUGGACGCCGGAGUCGACGCUCAGGCGCGUCACUGCAUCCUUCUCGAUCCCACUGCGCACCGUGGAGUGGACGCCGAGCGGCUGCGCCAAAGCCAGUCUCAUCUUUCUCGAAGAGGCAGAGCACCACUUUGCUUGUCCGACAUCUGCGUCAACGCUGAAAACGACGAGAGACACUCCUUUCACGCCACCGGUAGCGGCACCUGGCCACGCCGGCGUUGAAACGGGAGCGGCGCCGGGAUCGACGGCCUCCUCCACUCCACAGCAGACUUCGUCGCCGUCGCUUCUCUUUGGGGCGCCGGGCUGCACGCGCUACUUCAACCAAGGUGGCAGCGGCUUCUUUCAGUGCGACUACGACGCAGCGACGUGGCGCCGUCUCUUCGAGCUCGUCGCCUUCUUCUCGGAGGAGGACCGCGUGAUCAUCACGAUGCACUUCAUCAACUUUGCCAAGGCGCAGCUGGGCCACCAGCCCGGCGACACCGGCGAUCGCUGCACACUUUUCUUUGAGUGGCUGCUGCGCCUUACCGGCACGCCUGGGGCCAUGAACUCGUUCUUGUGGGAGCUUGUCACCAACGCGCUCACCACGCUGGUGCAGCUUGUGCAGCACUGCUACUGCCACUCGAUCGUGAAGAAGUUUGUGAAUACUCUUUACACGCCUCUGCAGCGGAGCCGUGUGCUGUCGUUCCUCGCCCAAGAGAAGACGAUGUCUUUUCAGAGCUCGAUCCACCUCUCCCGCCAGCUCGUGCUCCGCAUUUUACAGCUGCUGUGUCUGUGCGACAAUCCGGCGGUGGUGGAGGAGGCAGAGGAAACAGCGGAGUGGUCGCUGGGGGCGCUGCUGUCACCCGGCGACUCGCACACCCAUACAUCGAGCAGCAUCUCCACCAGCAUCUGUGGUGCCACCGCAAACGAAGUGUGCGCCGGCGGCGUCACAAACCAGAGCAUGGCGCGCGUGUCGGCCGGCCUAGGGUUCCCCUCUGGCUCAGCUGCAGGCGCAGCCUCGCCGCUCUCUACAAAGAUUCCUACUGCCGGAAACAGCCACCCUCUGCAGUCAGCGACCUCGAUUUCCGUCGCGGGGGCGCUGCCACCGCCCGGUGAGCCGGCGGCGCAGAUAAGCAGAGGGGCAAACUGGUACUCGUGCGGCUCCGUCCUGCUUCCAUCGUCGCCAGUGAAGCUGCUGCGUGUAUCCGACACAUCGAUUUCGGGGUGCGCUGCCUCCUCGAUCACGCGCUCCGUGGCGCUGCUGUCGUCUACCCUAGCGUCCGACCACGGCAGUAGCGGCAAUGUGCUCACUGACUCUUCCUGCAACCCCGCAGGUGACGUGGCCGAGCCAUCUAGCGCGAGGAGCACGAGCUGGCACAGCUACGCGGACCAACGCACCGGCGAAUUCGACGUCGAGGACCCAAGCCACAUUCAGGCCGGCUCGAUCGCGCUGUCGCACCUCGUCACGCAGGGCCGGCUGGAGUACUGGGUGGCGGCCGCAGCAGUCGCGGUGGAGCUACUGCGGCUGGACCGUGACGAGCUGCGCCGUGUGAGCGGGAUGCCGGUCCCAGCGCCACGGAUGGCGAAUGUGAGUCAGGAGCAGCGGCGCAGCAUCCUGCGGCUUGUCCUUCCCCCGGUGUUCGCGCUCGACCAGGAGUCGGCCUUCUCGUUCAUGACAAAGGUGUUCCAUGCGGCGCCGUUUCUGGAGUCGUCUAGUGUGAUGGGGCUCUAUCGCAACUCCCGCUUCUUCGUACACCUGCUGUCAAACCGCCGCCUAGUGAUGGACCGGCGCACCUUAGAGUUUCUUCUCCGCUACGGUGCUGAGGUGUGCGGGAACGGCUACAUCAUCGCACAGCUGAAGCUGCUGGCGCAGGGUGGCCCAUCGGCGCACAGCGCUGCCCGUAUCAGGAGUGUGGAGCAGUACAAGGGCGUCGAGUUCGCCGACAGCGUGGAACCUACGGACUCGUCGUCGUCCACGAAAUUGUCCGCAAACGCCUCCUCUCCGCUGUCCUCUUCGAGCAGUGCGGCUGUGUCGGAGCGAAGCGCGCUGCGCACGCAGUGUCCUGCGGUGGCGGCAGCGUUAGAUUGCAUGGAGUCCAACUGCGUCUGGAUAGACUACUGCUGCAGCCACUACGACCAGUUUUUGCGUGAGCAGCUUCACCGAAAGGGGUGGCAGGCGGUGCACGAUGAGAGUAGUGCGGCGGUGCAGUUGCCCACACCCUUGGCGAACAAGAGCUGCACCCACUCCGAAUCCCGCGGCGGUAUCAGCAUCUGA